ACUUCCAUGAAUCACACGACCACGAUUACAGUCCGUACCGAACACGAUCCAUGUUCUUUUCUAUAUUUAAAUAUAUUCACCAUCCAUAACAUCCCGCAUUCGGAUCUUCCCAUAGUGAAAGAGACAUAGAGAGUGAGAGAGAGUAAGUAAAGUAGCUUUCUUUAUUUAUUAUAUGGAUUACAGAUAGAAGACAGGUAAUCUUAGUGACGCAAAGAUAAAGACAGGUCAGUGACGCAAAUCUGAGAGUAGACUUCACUCUGAGAAGAUUAAAGCAACCGGUCUUGAAGAGAAAGACAAGCAAAAAUGGGUUUCGUAAUGAUUUCGAUGUGAAACACACCACUUUCUCACAAUCUGCUUCUUCUUGUUCUUUUGGGUGUUCUGUUUCUUCUGGACCUACCUUUUCAGGGUUACACAAAUCUUCUUGGAUAGUUUUCUCGCUUGGGGGAGUUGAAUAUUGCCUUGGCUGCAUAAAAGUAUAAGACGAGUUUCAUGAUGAAGGCAAGAACAGCUAACAAUGUCCAGUCUAAGCGAUCUACCAAGAGUGUAAGAAAAGAUCAAAAGCUGCAGAAGACGAAUAGCCAGAAAAGAUUGUCAGAACAAGAGAAACUCAAGGACUUGGACGCUAAGGAAGUGUCUAGUACUAUCUCUACAGUAGCAAGUGAUUCAACCACACAAUCAGAUCGCUCUGAGGCUUACGAGUCAGUAGAUGUUCGUUACUUGGAUGAUAAUAACGGCGGCGCCAUUGCCUCUGCAGUGGCUCAUCAGGAAUCAGAUUCUAGCAGAGUUGUGGACAAAACAAGUGGAUCGGUUUGUGAUUUGGAGAAAGAUGUUGAUGAACAAGAUUGUAAAGAUGCUAAGGAAAUCGAUACAGAUGCUCGAGAAGGUAACAAUGCUGAUGUCUGGGAAGAUGCUUCGAACGGUGCUCUUAGUGCUGAAAGUGAGAACGAGGCUGCUGAUGUUACAGAGAAUAGUGGUGGGAACUUUGAGGACAAGAUUGAGCAUCUAGAGACGAGGAUCGAGAAACUAGAAGAGGAGCUUAGAGAAGUUGCUGCACUUGAGAUUUCGCUCUAUUCUGUUGUGCCUGACCAUUGCAGCUCUGCACACAAGCUUCAUACUCCUGCUCGGCGUAUUUCUAGAAUCUACGUCCAUGCCUGUAAGCAUUUUACUCAGGGAAAGCGUGCUACGAUUGCUAGAAACUCUGUUUCUGGUCUUGUUUUGGUUGCUAAAUCUUGUGGGAAUGAUGUUUCGAGGUUGACCUUCUGGUUAUCAAACAUCAUAGCUCUAAGGCAGAUAAUUUCGCAAGCUUUUGGUACGUCUCGCAUUACACGCAUCUCUGAAUCAAAUGGUGAUUCAGGCAAGAAAACAAACCUGAGAUGGAAGAAUGGUUUCCAACAGCUUUUGGAGGAUUGGCAAGAAACUGAGACAUUUACUACUGCACUCGAGAAAAUCGAGUUUUGGGUAUUCUCUAGAAUCGUGGAGUCUGUUUGGUGGCAGGUCUUUACUCCUCAUAUGCAAUCCCCUGAAAACGACUCAUCAGCCAGUAAAUCAAAUGGGAAAAUGACGGGACCUUCCUUGGGUGAUCAGAACCAAGGGACCUUUUCGAUAAGCCUAUGGAAAAAUGCUUUCCGAGAUGCUCUGCAACGGCUUUGUCCUAUGCGAGGUGCGGGACAUGAAUGCGGUUGCUUACCUGUAUUGGCUAGAAUGGUUAUGGAUAAGUGUAUCGGUAGAUUUGAUGUAGCCAUGUUCAAUGCUAUUCUGCGAGAGUCAGAGCAUCAGAUUCCAACCGAUCCCGUCUCUGAUCCUAUUCUUGAUUCCAAAGUUCUGCCUAUUCCUGCUGGAGACUUGAGCUUUGGAUCAGGGGCACAACUUAAAAACGCGAUUGGCAAUUGGUCAAGAUGUCUCACUGAAAUGUUCGGCAUGAAUUCUGAUGAUUCUUCGGCAAAAGAAAGCGAAGAUGAUCACGCAGAAAGUAAACCCUUUGUUUUACUAAAUGAACUUAGUGAUCUUCUUAUGCUUCCAAAAGACAUGCUUAUGGAAAGAUCCAUUAGAGAAGAGAUGUGCCCAUCGAUCAGUCUUCCACUCAUCAAAAGAAUACUCUGCAACUUCACACCUGAUGAGUUCUGUCCAGAUCAUGUACCUGGUGCAGUCCUAGAAGAGCUCAAUGCUGCGGAGAGCAUUGGUGAUGGGAAGCUCUCAGAAACAAGCUUCCCUUAUGGAGCUUCCUCUAUUUCUUACAUGCCUCCAUCGACCAUGGAUAUAGCAGAAAAAGUUGCUGAGGCUGCAGGAAAACUGUCAAGGAACGUAUCUAUGAUACAGAGAAAAGGAUACACGAGCGACGAGGAGCUUGAGGAACUGGACUCGCCUCUUUCAUCGAUCGUUGACAAGGGGAGUGACUUUACAGCUGGCUCAACAACUUCAAAUGCAAGAUACAAGCUUCUUCGGGAAGUGUGGGGUUUAGUUGAGUGAUGAUUGGGAGACCAAGUUAAAAAAAGGAAGUAGUAUGCGUGUUGCUAUGAAUUUACGGCUGUUGCUUAGAGAAUUCGCCGAUACAAGCAACGAUAAUGUGGAGAGCUUUCUGUACAAUUACAGAGAUACUCUGUUUUUAUGUAUCAUAAAGAAGCCAUAAAGAAGUAAACCCUUUGUUUUAUUAAAUGAACUUAGUGAUCUUAGGGGCUAUUGGUUC